AUGGCUAGUCGGAAGAGGAAAACGCGCCUCCCAGUUAAGCGCACAGGGCUGCGGUCCCAGCAGCAUGAGCUUCCCGAGGAGAAGACAGCAGAGGAGCUGGCAUGGGACACAGUGCCAGCGUCGUCUUCUUCAGCGGAGGAGGAGGAGGUUUCUGGCAGGUUUGGUCCAGCAGUGCCUACAGCUUCGACCACAGCACGGGACCCAAAUGGAGAGCUGAUUGCGAUGAUGAGGGACUUCCUGGCGGGACAGCAAAGGAGAGAGGAGGUCUUUUUGGCAGAACUCAGGGGGCUGAGGACUGGUCGGGAAAGCCCAGCCCAAGCACCAGCCGGAGCAAGCACCACAGCAGCAACGGCCACGCCAAGCACUGAAACCGCAAGCAGCCCCAGAAUGGUACUGCCUACACCGGCACACCAAAGAGGAUACCAGGGUUCUCCAGAGGAGGUUCCCUCUCGUCAGACACAAGCAGUGACCAACAGACUCGACCCGCCAGCCUCAGAGUGGAUGCGACCUGCUGGGCCAAAAAUUCCACCCUAUCAGUUGGGGGAAGACACUGAGAACUAUUUAUUGCGUUUUGAGCGGGUUGCCAAAACCUGGAGAUGGCCAGAGAGUGAAUGGGCCUGUCGUCUGGUUCCACUGCUAUCGGGGAAGGCGUUGGAGGCCUACACUGCAAUGGAUGAAGAAAGAGCCCAUCAUUAUGAAGGUUUAAAAGCGGCGUUGCUAACCAAAUUUGACAUUUCCCCUGAGACGUAUCGGCAGAAGUUCCGGUCCAAUACAGUUCCACCUGGGGAGAGCCCCACUGAGACCUACUAUCGCCUGAAGGGCCUCUAUCGGCGCUGGAUUCGACCAGAGCAGCAUACUAAAGAAGAGAUGGGAGAAGCUAUCAUCUUGGAGCAGUUAAUCCGGGUACUUCCAGGGGAGGUGAGGACCUGGGUGAGGGAGCAUGAGCCAGCAGAUGGACUGACCGCUGCUAAGCUGGUGUCACAGUACUUCAAUGCGCGUAAAGGAGCCCCACCUGCACGCUCAUCCGGGACACCACAGCGACCACCACUUCCAUCAUCGGGUCUUCUGAAGAGGGAGAGCAACCCAGAGCCACCAGAAAACCCCAGGGCAUCAAACUUACGAGCAGCGGGUAAGGACUUUCUUUGUUACUACUGCCAGCAGCCAGGUCAUAAAGCCUCGGUAUGCCCUAUCCGGAAGGCUAAAGUCACUGGUGCCUGCUAUGCACCCCGGCUGGAGAUGGAGCCCACAAGGGUCCAGCCAGUGGAUGUGCAACGCUAUAAAAAAGUAAAGGUAAAUGGUCAGCAGGCUACUGCUUUGCUGGACACUGGUAGUUUUAUGUCUUUGAUUAAGCAUAGUUUGGUACCAGUGAACAGUGUGGACUAUAGCAGACAGGAAGAAGUUUUAUGUGUGCAUGGUGAUAAACAUCCCUACCCAAAAGUGGAGGUAACAGUGACUAUUAAUGAACAGCCCUACCUGUUGUCAGUUGGGGUGGUACCGAACUUGCCUGCAGAGGUUAUUCUGGGGAUGGACUUGCCUGUACUCAUGGACUUGCUGCAAGAAAAAGAAGAACAGUGGAAAGAGACUGAUGUGGGGGAUGAGGGGAAUGCUAAAUUAAAUGUGUCUGGCUCAGUGGUCACUAGGGCCCAGGCGAAGGCGGGAUGUCAGCCCUUGCCAGACUUUGACAGUAGUCUGUGUGAGGGUGGCGCUAAGGGGCUAAGAAAAUCCCGUCGCCAACGCCGCUUUGAGAAGCAGCUAUGGUCAAAGGGGCCGGACACUAAGAGCAUAAAAUGGGAUGUACCAGAAAAUAUCACUUUGUUGCAAAGGGAGGAUGAAACAUUGAAAGUUUUGUUUGCUAAUGUGACUGAAGGGGGAACUGGAAAAUGGGGAGGGAAAGAGAAGUUCAUUGUUGACAAAAAUGUGUUGUAUGCAGUUGACGGUGACCACCAACGGCUUGUGAUACCUUCUAGUUGUAGACCACUCAUUAUGCACCUAGCACAUACCCUCCCCUGGGCAGGUCAUCUGGGUCGCCAAAAAACCUAUAUGCGAGUUAGCUCACGUUUCUUUUGGCCGUCAAUGUACACAGACAUACAAAAAUAUUGCCGUACCUGCCCUACUUGCCAGAAAACUUGUCCAGCCCGCAAGUCUGACAGGGCCCUGCUACUGCCACUGCCUGUCAUCUCCACCCCCUUCCGUAGAAUAGCUAUGGACAUUGUGGGUCCUCUGGUAAAAAGUAGUCGGGGUCAUCAGUACAUUUUGGUGGUGUGUGAUUAUGCGACUCGUUUCCCAGAAGCUUUCCCUCUGCGUGCGGUCACGGCACCCAAUGUUGUCUUGCGACUGGUACAGCUGUUCUCCCGGGUGGGGAUACCAGAUGAGAUUUUGACAGACCAAGGGACUAACUUUACCUCUAGGUUGAUGCAGCUCUUCCACAACCAGCUAGGCAUCUCUGCCAUCAGGACGUCACCCUACCAUCCACAGACAGAUGGGUUGGUGGAGAGGUUCAACCAAACUCUGAAGAGGAUGCUGCAGAAGUUUGUGUCAGACACUGGGAAAGACUGGGACCAGUGGCUGCCCUUCCUGCUGUUUGCAUACAGAGAAGUUCCCCAGGCUUCCACUGGUUUCUCACCAUUCGAGCUACUCUAUGGUUGGGAUGUGCAGGGGCCGUUGGAUCUCCUCCGGAAGGGUUGGGAGUCUCCUGCUUCUGCUUCAAAUGAUAAAGGAGUGGUGCAAUUUGUGCUGGAAAUGAGAGAACGGUUGGGAAGAUACCAUGAAGAGGCCAAGGUCAACCUGCGAGACGCUCAAAGAAGCCAGAAGACCUGGUAUGACCAACAGGCCCGGCAACGUGAAUUCCAACCUGGUCAAAAGGUGUUGUUACUUCUCCCUUCAGCCAACAGUAAACUUCUGGCGAAAUGGUAA